UUCCUACUCCUCAUGGUUUUAGGCAACUAUACUUGGCACUGAUCUUGUCAAAGGGCUAUUUUUAGGGCUCACUAAAUGCAGCUCUCUUGCUUUUUUAGCUUUGCCCCCAAUCCCAGGUCAGGACUGUAGCUCGGCGUAACAACAAUCUUUGUGGAAGUCAUCCAUGACUUCUGCCUAAAUCCUGACCUGUGGCCUAACCUUUACUAGACAUCUCAGAAAGCAGAAUAUGAAGAUAAUGAAAAAUGCUUUUCUAUUACAAGUCUAAUAGAGUCUGUGUAAAUGAAUGUGUUCUCAUAACUGAAUAGAAAUAGCCUCUAGCUGAAGUCAUUAUUCUAGGGAGAUCUUUCACUACUUCUUGACAGAAUUGAAUACACAGUAGCGUAGGCCUAUGUCUGUUAUUAAAUCCAUUCAUCUCCUAAACCAGACAUUGUCUUCACAAACUGAAUUAAUAGUCUCUCAUCGCCUCAAUGUGUAGCCUUUAACUCUUUGUUUACGUCUUUCUAUCCAUAAUAUUAUGACAGUAAGGCCAGCACCUCACUACAGUUAUGCUGGCAUUGUCCCCAUCUAAGUUGGUAGCUCGCUAAAUAUAGACCGACAAAAGCUUCUUAAGUAAGAAGCCACAUAAGUUCCUUUCCGUGAGCAGCGCCCAUGAAUGAGCACACAAACACUUAAGAGAAAAUCCCUCGUGCUUUUUAAUUCUAGUUGAAGCAUUACGUGAUUGAGUCAAAGAAUGUCUUCUGGUGUGGCGCAGAUGUCGGAGCUGCUCAGUCACACCAGGGACCUGGAGAGAAUUGGACACACUACAGGGAAAGAACAUAGUCUUAGCACCCUCUUCCAGCACCUUAGUAGCCUUAGCUCCCUGCUCAGCCACACGGUGUAGGAGGGACAACCCAACACAGCAGCAGCCAACAUGUGUGACAUGGGGGGACUGGAUAAUCUGGUGGCGAACACGGCCUACCUUAAGGGGGGCGACGAAAAGGAGAUGAGGAAGAGGCGGCGCAGCCUGUCCCUUCCCAAGCCAGAACAGUGCGUGUCCAUCCGCGCCGCAGUGGGGAAAGAAUUUGAGAUGCUCUGCGAGAGGCAGCCCAUAGGGAAGAAGUUCUUCCGGAAGUUCCUCCUGGAGUCCAACCCGCAGUACGUGGCAGCUGCAGAGUUCCUGGAUGAGCUAAUCGACUGGGAUCUGGCGGAAGGCGCUGGCAAAGAUAAGUUGAGGACUAACAUCAUCACAAGUUCUGCAAGGCUGACUCCAAGAGCUUUGUCCUACUUGACAGGAGAGGUAGCGGACAAGUGCAAGGCCGUGUCGGACAAGGAUUUUGAAGACGUGAUGAUGGGCAAGGUGAAGGAUGCCACACGGGAGUACCUGAAGGAAAAGCCCUUCACAGAGUACCAGACCAGCCCUAACUUUGACAAGUUCCUGCAGUGGAAAGGGUACGAGAAACAGAAAAUCACUGAUAAGUAUUUUCAUGAGUUCAGGACCCUUGGAAAGGGAGGCUUUGGAGAGGUAUGUGCCGUGCAGGUGAAGAACUCAGGGCAGAUGUACGCCUGCAAAAAGCUGUGCAAGAAGCGUCUGAAGCAGAAGAAUGGUGAAGGCAUGGCACUACUGGAAAAGCAGAUCCUGGAGAAGGUCAACAGCCUGUUCCUGGUGAAUCUGUCCUAUGCCUACGACUCUAAGACCCACCUGUGUCUCGUCAUGACCCUGAUGAAUGGUGGCGACCUCCGGUACCACAUCUACAACAUUGGCGAAAAAGGCCUAGAAAUAGACCGCAUCAAUUACUACAUUGCGCAGGUCACCACAGGAAUCCUCCACCUGCACGCCAUGGAUAUAGCAUACAGAGACAUGAAGCCAGAGAACGUGCUACUGGACAGCUUCGGCCAAUGUCGACUCUCGGAUCUGGGGUUGGCCGUGGAGCUCCCUGGCGAAAAGACCAUCAAUCAAAAGGCUGGCACAAGUGGCUACAUGGCCCCAGAGAUCCUGAAGAAAGAGCCUUACCGGAUGUCAGUGGACUGGUGGGCACUGGGCUGCAGUAUCUACGAGAUGGUGUCAGCUCGCCUGCCCUUCAAGGACUAUAAGGAGAAGGUGCAGAAGGAGGAGGUGGCACGGCGCACCCUUGAGGAUGAAUGCAAGUACGAGCACAAGAACUUUGACGAGGGCACCAAAACCAUCAUCGACCUCUUCCUCAAGAAGAAAAUUGAUGAGCGUCUGGGAUGCAGGACCAAGAACGAAGACCCAAGGAAGCAUGAGUGGUUCAAGAGCAUUAACUUCCCUCGACUGGAGGCGGGGCUGAUCGACCCACCCUGGGUUCCCAAGCCCAACGUGGUCUACGCCAAAGACACGGGGGACAUCAAAGACUUCUCAGAGAUCAAGGGCAUUGUGUUUGACGACAAAGAUGACAAAUUCUUCAAGGAAUUCAACACGGGGGCGGUGCCCAUUGCUUGGCAACAGGAAAUGAUUGACAGCGGACUUUUUGACGAGCUGAACGACCCCAACAGGAAAGAGUCGGCUGCUGGAUUUGACGACGAGGAGAAGAAAUCUAAAUCCUGCACGCUUUUAUAAAAGCCCCUCUAUACUAUAGUUAGGACUUUUGUAAUUUUCAAAGCUAUCUCAUUAAGAACAUUGUGACAAUAAUCGUAUCCACAAAAAAGGUGUGAAGUGGUAGUAAAAUCCAGGGCCAGGUCAAGAAACAUAUUUCCACCACUUCACACCUUUUUUUUGUGGAUAUCAAAUGUAUUUAUAAAGCCCUUCUUACAUCAGCUGAUAUAUCAAAGUGCUGUACAGAAACCCAGCCUAAAACCCCAAACAGCAAGCAAUGCAGA